AUGUCUACUGAAGAUAAGCAGGUUUGUGAGGCAGUAGUUGAAAGGAAAGGGAUAGGACAGGAAGACAGAGAUGAUUCAGGAAUCAGUGAUUGUGGAUUGUCAUUAGAAAGCCCAUUAGCACAUUCAGCUAGUUACCCCGAGACACCAGGACAAACGAUGAGAAAUAAGUCAGUUUCAGAGGGUGCAGAUACGCGGUCGAUGUUGGCUGCCUUGCUAAAAGAAACUAGAGAAAGGGAAGAAAUAAUCCGCAAAUCAUUAGAGAAAGGUUUACAAGAAACUAGAGAAUCAUUAAAGAAAGAUUUACAAGAAACUAGAGAAUCAUUAAAGGAAGAUUUACAAGAAACUAGAGAAAGGGAAGAAAUAUUCCGCAAAUCAGUAGAGGAAGGUUUACAAGAAGCUGGAGAAAGGGAAGAAAUAUUCCGCAAAUCAUUAAAGGAAGAUUUACAAGAAACCAAAGAAAGCUUAGAAAAGUCAUUUAAGGAAACUAUAGCACAAGAGAUCAAAACAUCGCAAAUGAAGAUAGAAUAUAAUCUGAAGAAGGAAAUGCAGGAGUUACAAGAACGAUUGAAGAUGGACAUCAACGAGAGAGAGAGUAAGCUACAGAAGAGUAAAGGAUCAACGAAGUGGAAACAAAUUGCAAUCAUCGAAUCGCCGAUGUGA